AAACACGAGUUCUUUGUGGACAUGACCUGCGAAGGCUGCUCCAAUGCGGUCAGCCGUGUCCUGCACAGGCUGGGAGGUGUCCAGUUUGAUAUUGACCUGCCCAACAAGAAGGUGUGCAUUGACUCGGAGCACAACAUUGACAUCCUAUUGGAAACCCUAAAGAAGACUGGAAAGAAUGCUUCCUACCUUGGGGAGAAGUCUGCACAGUAGCCUUGCCUGGUGUGAAGAGGCUAGGAACUCAAACAUGACCAGCAAAAAGAUGGCUUAACUGUUUGCAUAUCUUGCUCUCUCAUUUGACCUUUACUACCCUGCCAGAUGUCGGAAAGCAGAGGGCUGGCAGGAGGAGACAGCUGCAUCUUGGGCUUUAAAAGUGGAGAAAUCUAGAGGAGGAGGUUAUGUGCUGUUUCUGGUCCCACAGUAAAUCGAGGCGCUGCUUCUAUC